AGAAGUCAAUAAUAAAAAAUACCGACACUUCGAAGUAAGUUUAAGCAAUAUUUUUAUCAAUUUAAAAAUAAAAAUUGAAAUAUUGCGUUUAUUGGAUCGUUAUUAAAGAUGGCGAAUUUGUUCGUUCUUCUUGUCAUUUUGCUGUAAUGGUGAUGCUCGUUCGUCGUGUAAAAACGUAUUUGUGUAUGUUGGUAUAAAAUGGCUGACACCGGUCUACGUAUGAAUUUCGCCGCAUUAAAGAGGGCAGAUCCAUAUGCACGAGAAAUAAUUGACAGUGCUACCCACGUUGCACUUUAUACAUUUGAAGAAAACGAUUGGGAGAAAACGAACAUCGAAGGUGCUUUGUUUGUGUACAGUAGAAAUGGUGAACCUUACCACAGUUUGGUGAUUAUGAACAGACUAAAUACAAAUAAUCUAAUCGAGCCUGUUUCUAAAGGAAUUGAAUUACAAUUAAAAGAACCUUUUCUAUUAUAUCGGAACGCGAAGUGUCGUAUUUACGGCAUAUGGUUUUAUGAUAAAGACGAGUGCGUUAGAGUUGCAACUAAAUUGAAUUCUAUAGUAAAGGAUUCUACUAAAGCGCCAAACGACAUGUCCCAGAAUCCAGUAUACCCAGCACCGGUGAAACCGAGCGCGUCAGUCGACAUAUUUAGCAUGUUGAGCAAAGCUCAAGAUGAUUUUAAUACUAAUAAGGGAAUGACGACUAAUAAAAACGAUUUGACUCCAUCACGAGCACCCGACAUGGCAUCACAAAGUGUUAUGGAUUUCUUUGCAAAAGCAGGAAGUGGUGCUGCUGCACAAAUGCCUGCAGUAUCCUCUCUUCCAUCACCGGGAAUCUUCGGACCUAGGUCGUCUGACGCUCGUGAGGGUCCUUUAUUGCUGCAGAGGCUGAUGAGUAACCCAGCACAUUCAGUUGAGCAUAUUGAGAAACAACAGCGUUCUGUAACUCCACAGGACGCUCAAACAUCAAAUGGAAAUAUUUCUAUAGAUCCAACUAUGAGGCAAAAUAAUUCUUUUCAACUAAAGUCAAUCCCGAUAGAGAAACAAAGCCAACAAAGGAUAAAUCUCAAGAAAAUGCAGCAGCUGGAAGGCGUUGACAAUGGGCCAAAUCCAUUAGAAAAUGAACUAAAUUUGAUGCAUAUUUCUUCUCCAAAACCUACAUCACCUUUAGCAUCAUAUUUAAAUCAGUCUCAAGACAUUGGGCAUCAGGUGGGCUCUUAUAAUGGUGGUAAGUUAGACGAGGUAGGUGGAGUUUUUCCAAUUAUUAAUACUUUAGCUAACCAGCAAAAACCUGCUCUAAUGCCUCCUACCAUGUUCACGGCCACUAGUGGAAAUGAUAUGCAGCCUUCUCCAGAGCCCCUUACUAGAAAUCAGCUACUGCAGGCUUUUAAUUAUUUAUUGAAACAUGAUUCUGAUUUUGUCAACAAACUACACGAGGCAUAUGUUAAAUCAUUCUCAGAGAAAGCCUUUUCGGUUUCAUAAAAUUCUUCCUUUUGGACAAACCACUGAAAUCCCCAGUGGACAUGUACAGUUGUAAUUUGAAGUAUAAAUCCUCUUUAAACGUAGACCCGGUAGUUUUGUAGUUACAUGUUUGGACAGAGUAUUUUUAAAUAAGUUUUAAACCUUUGACAGUGUCAUAAUGAAUCUGUAUAGAAAAUGAAUUUUAGUGACUUAAAAAUGUCAAAAGUCACAUUAUAUAACAGAAAAGCUAUUUGUGAUAUUUAUAUUGGCUUAUACUUUUACUCUGUUGUCCUUCCAGAUUUUCUAUGUAAGACAAUUAUUGUCAUAAGAAACUCAGUGAUGUUGUUAGAUAGCUUGACGAUACAAAAAUCUUUUUUUGUUAGCUUAUGUAACGAGUAUGUAUAACUAUCACAUUAUAUUUGUAACUAUAUAUGACUAUUUGCAAAUGAGUGCCAAGAAAAUGUCUGGCCAUAAUUUAUAAAAAAACGUUCAUUGCAAUUAUUGUCUAUCUUUUACUGCAACCGAAGUUUAAAGUAGGAUAUGUCUUUUAUAGAUGUAUAAUAUAAAUAAUAUUGUUUGUUUUUACUAAUGCAAUGAGUUUUGAAACAUAAGGACAUUAUUUUGACUUUGUAUUGUUUAUAAGGACUGCAAAAUUUUGCUAUUUAUAUACAUAUCUAUAAUUUUUUUUAUUCCUAAUACACCAGUACUUUAGUUAUUCUUUACUUAUGCAUGCAUGAGUCUUUCUUCACGAAAUAUUAAGGAUGAAUAUCUAGAAUUCAUUCUGUUUCCACAUUUAAUUCCAUUUUGUUUUGAUUUUGGUUGGAUUAACUUUUCAUUAGUCUGCUGUGUGCUUGGUAAUUAAAUCAAGAGUCAAAUGCCAGUUUGUAUUUUCAUGUUAAAAGAUAGUUCCUUUGUGAUUUAUACAGAAAAACAAUGUUUAGGUUCAAAAAAAUGUAAAAGCUUAAAAUAAAUACUCAUUUUAAUGUCUAACAUAAAACAUUGUUUUUUUUUAAUUGCCUAUUAUUACUAAAUCUUACUCUGAUAUACUCAUGUUGUACAUAAUACAUGUAUCAUUGGCAACAUUUGUUUGUAAAUGUCACAGAUAUGUCAUUCAAGUUCAUAUUUAAAACUGUAUGGAAAUUUCACACUCACAAAUAAUUUUUUCUUCAUUAAACUGUUACUAAAAUUGUAAACUAGUAGAUAUGAUGGAAUGUGAUAUGAUUGUAAAAAUUUAUAUCAGUUUUGAUUGAAGUAUUUAGUCCUAUACUCAAAAAAUAUUGAUUAAAGUAGGUUGUGUCCAAAUAAAGUGCAAGAUUUUUGAGGUGUCUACAGAGAUGUUUUUCUAUAAUAACUAUGUAAAUAUGCUCACAGUUGAUUUGCAACAUUUGCUAUAAGUUUGUUGUAAUAUUUGCUCUAGCAGACGGACACCAAGUUUAGCUAUGGAACUAUAAUGUGCUUUGAUUUAACAUGAACACUAUUCUUUCUUUUAUAAAAAUCUUACAAGUAAAAAAAAAGUAUGUAAUGCAGUGUAAUAGUGUUUAUUGACUAUGGGA